UGGAGGACGCGGCCGCCCGAAGCUGAUAAAUAAGGGGCCGGGCCGCGGCUGCCCGCCAAGUUGGACGCCCCGACCGGUGCGAGGGCCAGGUCAGCGCCGACCCGGCGAGGCGAAGCGAGGCGACCCCUGUGCGGCCAUGGCCUCGCUGCUGGGAGCUUACCCGUGGCCCGAGGGGCUCGAGUGCCCGGCUCUGGAAGCUGAGCUGUCGGACGGGCUGUCGCCGCCGGCCGCCCCCCGCCCGCCAGGGGACAAGGGCUCGGAGAGCCGUAUCCGGCGGCCCAUGAAUGCUUUCAUGGUGUGGGCCAAAGACGAGAGGAAACGUCUGGCGGUGCAGAACCCGGACCUGCACAACGCCGAGCUCAGCAAGAUGCUGGGAAAGUCGUGGAAGGCGCUGACGCUGUCCCAGAAGAGGCCCUACGUGGAUGAGGCGGAGCGGCUGCGGCUGCAGCACAUGCAGGACUACCCCAACUACAAGUACCGCCCUCGCAGGAAGAAGCAGGCCAAGCGCCUCUGCAAGCGCGUGGACCCCGGCUUCCUCCUGAGCUCCCUCUCCCGAGACCAGAACGCCCUGCCUGAGAAGCGGGGCGGCGGCCGCGGGGCACCUGGGGAGAAGGAGGACAGGGGUGAGUACUCCCCCAGCGCCACCCUGCCCAGCCUGCGGGGCUGCUAUCACGAAGGGCCGGCUGGCGGCGGCGGCUGCACCCCGGGCAGCGCGGACACCUACCCGUACGGGCUCCCUACGCCCCCGGAAAUGUCGCCCCUGGACGUGCUGGAGCCGGAGCAGACCUUCUUCUCCUCCCCGUGCCAGGAGGAGCAUGCGCACUCCCGCCGCAUCCCCCACCUGCAAGGGCCCCCUUUCUCACCGGAGUACGCCCCCAGCCCCCUCCAUUGCGGCCACGCCCUGGGCUCCCUGGCCCUCGGGCAGUCCCCGGGCGUCUCUAUGAUGUCAGCUGUACCGGGCUGUCCUCCAUCUCCUGCCUAUUACUCCCCUGCCACCUACCAUCCUCUCCACUCCAACCUCCAUGCCCACCUGGGCCAGCUCUCGCCCCCUCCCGAACACCCCGGCUUUGACGCCCUGGAUCAGCUGAGCCAAGUGGAACUCCUGGGGGACAUGGAUCGCAAUGAGUUCGACCAGUAUUUGAACACUCCUGGCCACCCGGACUCUGCCGCAGGGGCCGUGGCCCUCAGUGGGCAUGCCCCGGUCUCCCAGGUGACACCGACGGGCCCCACAGAGACCAGCCUCAUCUCCGUGCUGGCUGAUGCCACAGCCACGUACUACAACAGCUACAGCGUGUCAUAGAGCCGAGGCAGCCAGUCCAGCCCUGCCUUGCCGCCCUCUCCUCCAGCGCUCUGAGCCCAGCGGACCCCGCGCAGCUACCAGCUUUCCUCCAGCUGCCCCGGGGUCGCAGGUGUGAACUGCCGGCCAGAGGAACGCGGCUCUGCGGCUCCAAGCGCCCCCUCCGCCCCCUUCCCGGUGCCCCCACUCCCUGCAGCCUGCGUUUUGAGUAUAUUCCUUCAAAUGAGUUUUCAUUGGCUACAGCCUGGGAAGAGGGCGAGGUGGUUGCUGAAAGACGCUGUUUCCCGGUAGGUAGGUUUUCACUGCACUCUCCCCCCUGUCCCCGUCAGGGAAACAAACGUGUGAACAGCCCAACAACAUUCGCGCCUCUCCUGCUUCGGACACAGCCGCUCGGGUCGGGUACCUGAUCUUUGGGUCCUUCAGGUGGGGAGAGCCUGAGCUCGAAUCCAGGGCCCGGGGAUCCCGUCCCAGUUCUGCCUCAGAGGGCUAGUGAAGCCCCGACUAGCCUUUGCUCCCCUUCCAGCCCUUUCCCUCAUCUGAGGUCCCUUCUGCUCUAGGUUUUCUGAUUUAGGAUUCUAUCAAAGCUAGCUAAAAGGAAACCAAAGUUUGACUGGUUAGCAAGCGCGUUAAAGUGCAACCUGGUGAUAAUUCAGUGUGCACAGCCCAAGGACGUGAGGCCUCCUGCACUUGCACUGCCUUCCAGAGUGAUCCCAAUCUUCCAAAAGGACUCUUCCAAUUUGAGAAAAAAAUACUCAUCUUGAUUUGGGAAAUUAACCAUUAGGGUUGACUGUAUCACCGAAAAUGAGAUUGAAUUCAAGCUGUUUUUUAAAAAAUACGUUUCUUAGGUAAGUUAUUUUUUAUUACACACACAUUUCAAGAGAAUAUACACAGCCUGAAUAUAUGUAGUCGGAGUGUGUGAGACACACACAGCACGCACGCCUUCAGGCACAAUCUUAAAUGCGUGUCUGCAUCUUCAGUCAGGUACUCUUGUUGACGUGGGCAACUUCUUGUCAACUCCCCGGUCCUAAUGACCCCAAGAGCAAGGCACCUAAAAGGAAUUUCAUCAAAGCAGCAUCGCUUUCCACGAAUGAAUCAGCGUGUGUUGAUUUCUUGAGCUAGGUUUCAGCACACCCUCCCUCCGCAGAGACGGAAGGACGCUCUUCCCGCUGUGUCGGUCUCCCUUCCUCCCUGUCCUGGCAUUUCUCUUUCUCUUCUUCCUUCGUUCUGGAAGUGGCCACUGAUUCAAACACCCCCUGCCUGCACAGUCCCAAGCACAGUUCCUGCCACUGAGAAGGGCAUUUGCUUUCCGCCCCAGCCUGCUGGUUCUUCAGGUAACAUCUCCCGCCAGCACUUCAAAACAGCUUCCCCUCCGUCACACUUCCUUCCCAAAGAACAGAAGCACACUGUGAUCCACAGAAUGGUUCUGAGCCCUGAUCCACCCCAAAGACAUUCCAUCCUUCUCCCGAACCUCCUUUGAAGGAACAUACCUGGCAGUGAGCUAAAAGACAGUUGUCUGUCUUUUGCUUCUAGUGUAUUAUUGCCUGUAUGAACUAUGUAAGUGUUUUUAUAUAUUCUCCUAUUAUUUUCACCUUAUAUUUUGUAUUGUUGACUCUUUUUUUUCCUUCCAAGGAGUCCAAUUGUAAAAUCACUUAUAAGAUAUAAUUAAUCUUUAUGCUGUUACUGUAUAUGCCAUGGUAAUAAAUAGCAAGUCAUUGACAAUAUGAUUGUGGUGCAGUCCAGAAUGUCUAUUAAUGACCUUGUAAAACAGUAUCGCAGACGUUAAGCUAAACUGUUCCAUUUUUUGUAAGAACUACACAUGCUUUGGGACGGUUGUAGAUAUUGAUUUGUCUAAAAUAUUUAAUUUAAAUAAAUGUUUUGUACCAUGA